AUGUUUGAAGCUAAACCAUGUGAUACACCAUGCCUCCCUUACAACCGGUUACUCAAAGAGGAUGGGGAACCUUAUUCCAAUCCUAAGUUGUAUAGAAGUAUUGUCGGCGCUCUACAAUACUUAACUUUCACUAGGCCAGAUAUUGCGUUUUCUGUGCACCAAGUCUGUCAGUUUAUGCAAAAUCCAAUGGUGUCUCAUUUUACUGCAGUUAAACGUAUAUUACGAUAUCUAAAGGGCACAAUGCAGUUUGGUAUCUCAUAUACUAGAGGAGAUUUGCAGUUAAAGGCCUUUAGUGAUGCUGAUUGGGCAGGGGACCCUAAUGACAGAAGAUCUACUACUGGUUUGGUGGUAUUUUUGGGUAACAAUCCAAUUCGUGGUCCUCUAAGAAGCAACAAACUGUUUCCAGAUCAUCAACCGAAGCUGAAUAUCGAGCCUUAUCCUUUACCUCAGCUGAAUUGGAUUGGAUCAAACAAUUAUUAG